CGGAGUUCAUCUGAAGCCUUUAUAACGCGAUUGGGCUGGCGUCGUUGAUGUAAAACAAGAAGCUGCUGAGAUAAACAAAUCUAUAGUGUGAGAGAAAACAACUAGAGUCAGUUUGGGAAAUAGCCAUCGAUAAGGCAGAGAGGCGUUCGAUCCGGACUUUGUGGAGACGAAGCUAAUCUUGUACUGAGUACUACUUUAUCUUUUCCCCACCCCACUGCGACCACCACCAUGGGGAGUAGCGGGCAAGGCUGCCGCCGAGCGCCGCCUCGGGAAGGUCGUCGCCGAGCUCCGCCGUGAGGUGGAUGCUGCGAGCACCACCAUGGGGAGUAGCGGGCGAGGCUGCCGCUGAGCGCCGCCGCGGGAAGGUCGUCGCCGAGCUCCUCCGCGGGGUGGACGCCGCGAGCACAACCAUGGGAAGCACCUUUGUCCUCCAUGGCGGGCGGCGGCGUGGCGGUGUGGAAGUGGGUGGUGGUGAGGCGGAUCUGCGACUGGCCGGCCCUCUUCCUCGCCGUUCCCCGUUUCCUGCCGGCUUCGAGGGUGACCGUGGCGACCAUGUCCGGCCUGACCACGACGGCCCCCUUCAGAAGUUCUGCGAGUUCUUGUGGUGUUCGCAUUCCAACUUACUCUGUCGUUCAUUCAGAGAUCUGCAUUUUAAAAGGAAAAUGUUACCAUCUGUAGCAUCCUUUGAACGGUGCUGGAGCUGGCGACGGCGCUGCUCAGCGCUGACCAGGUUCGUGGAAACGCUGGCCCACAAACUCCGUUUCCGCGAGGGUACUCAGUCGCGGAAGUUGAAGGUGGUGGUCAGGCGCCCAAGUCGCGACGCGGCGGCGUCGUACGCACAUGCCGAGCUCUGCCGUAUCGAACAUCAAGAGGACGAUGUGCUCGCCGGCAGCGCGGAUCUCGGCAUAGAACCGUCCGCUUGGGUGGAAGCGCACGCCGGUGAAGCCCGUCUGAUUAGCGCGCGGAAGCAUGGGGUUCUCUGGUUGCCUUCGUCUGGCUGGGAGGACAUGGUCGAUGGUGAAUGAGUAGUUGCGGUGAGGGCGCUAUAUAAAGCUAGGUGUGCAGCUUCAGUUCUAAGAGGAGGAGAUAAACCACCUGGUAUGAGUGUACGCGGGUUAAUGAUUGUGUGAGACUAGUGCAUGAGAUGAGAUGAUAAGGACGAAUAUGUGAGAUGAGCAACUGUGCCGUCCGUGAGCGAGGAAUCUGGAACAGUGUUUGAUUUGGACGAAUAUGUUGCAGAAACUUUAGCAGGUUGACUGCUCAACCUCUCGUA